GACAUAAAACGACUCCAUCUCCCGACCUGCACCCAUUAACAUUUAAAACCGAUCAUUUAAACACAACUGGCAGCGCAUUUGCAGAACCUUUAUACCUACUCGGUAUUACCACUUUGAUACAAGACAAUUCCCUCGGAGGGCGCUAGCGGAGAAGCGAUUAGAAAAACUCAGACCUACCACCCGGCUUCACUAGUCGGUGUGUCUUGAACACAAAAACGAACGCUCUCGGGAUAACGCGGGAAACGCUGCUGUGCUGGUUCAGUGUUUCCCACAGAGGAGCCGCCGCCACGCUAAUCCGUGUAUUUACUGAUGCUAUCAACACCAGGGCCAACCAAUGACACCUUUUACAGCUUUUAGCGGUUACACUCUGACCCGAGAACGUUUAUCCUAACUCCGUCCUCAGGCUGUGGGGAGUCCGGACCGCUUUAAUAAACCCGGAGGAGCGGUUAAUUAUAUGUCGGACCCCGCGCUGCUCGUUCAGUCGUUAGCUCCGACACAAAGAGAGGAGUCGCGCUAACUAGCUAAACAAUUAGCAAAGUUAUCCAAAAAAUGGAUACGUUUCAGAAGGUGGAAAAGAUAGGAGAAGGGACGUACGGAGUGGUUUACAAAGCGAAGAACAAAGUCACCGGAGAAACUGUUGCUCUGAAGAAAAUCAGGCUAGACACGGAAACAGAGGGUGUGCCGAGCACUGCCAUCCGAGAGAUUUCACUUCUUAAGGAACUCAGUCACCCAAACAUUGUCAAAUUGCGUGACGUCAUCCACACCGAGAACAAGCUCUACCUUGUUUUUGAGUUCCUUCAUCAGGAUCUAAAGAAGUUCAUGGACUCCUCCUCAGUCACUGGUAUCCCACUGCCUCUUGUUAAGAGUUAUCUUUUCCAGCUGCUGCAAGGCCUGGCCUUCUGCCACUCUCACAGGGUCCUUCAUCGAGACCUGAAGCCACAGAACCUCCUCAUCAAUGCUCAGGGGGAGAUCAAGCUCGCUGACUUUGGCCUGGCAAGAGCCUUCGGAGUACCUGUCCGCACAUACACACAUGAGGUGGUGACCCUUUGGUACAGAGCACCAGAAAUUCUCCUUGGCUGCAAAUACUACUCCACAGCUGUUGACAUCUGGAGCCUAGGGUGCAUCUUUGCUGAAAUGAUCACCAGGAGGGCCCUUUUCCCUGGCGACUCAGAGAUCGAUCAGUUAUUCAGGAUCUUCCGCACCUUGGGCACACCUGAUGAGACCGUCUGGCCCGGAGUCACAUCAAUGCCCGACUACAAACCAUCUUUCCCCAAGUGGGCCAGACAGGAUUUAUCCAAAAUGGUUCCUCUUCUUGACGAGGAUGGAAUAGAGCUGCUGGGAGAAAUGCUGAAUUACGAUCCAAACAAAAGGUUAUCUGCCAAAAACGCCCUUGUACAUCGAUUCUUCCGUGACGUCACCAUGCCAAUUCCUCAUCUGAGACUCUGAGUCAAGCAAAAUAUCAGGCUGUUUCUAUGCCAACGAUGUGUAAGCAAUAAGGACCCCCUCAGCCUCCUUUCAGGACCAUGCCUGGAAUGGACAGAAACAGUGGACACUACAGGAUAUGUUGGAGCCUUUAAUGGAUAUUUAAUAAUACUGAAAACCAGUUCUCUAGAAGAUAGAUGUCCUGAAAGUUUUGCUGUUUUUUCAGUGCAGAUGUUGUAAUAGUUAUCAAUGUUUAACUGUAAUUUUCAAUACCAUAUUUUGCAUAUUUAUGUGCAGCUGCCAUUUUUGGUGUAAAUAUCAUUUGUGAGUGGGAUGGUCCUCUGGCUGAGCGCAGGUCAGACAGACACACUCUAGUUGCGUGCCAUUCAAUUUCCCAAUUUAAUUGGCGUGUUGGCUUUAGGAUGUCAACAUUUAAAUAGUCAAGUAGUUAGAAUUAAAUAUUAUUGCAUACGUUUGUGGGGUUAGUGCAAAUAACAAAUGUCAUGCUUUGUAAGACUGAGCAGCAGCUGAAUGAAAGACGGAAUGACUCAGUACAAGUUGUCGCAAAACAGACAUCAGACGUCAGCUGAUGUAAAACAGUUGUUGCUAAGAGAACAUGAGAUUAUAACCAUGGUCUUCUAGUUUGAUUUUUCUUAUAGUUAAAUACAAAAUUUGGGUCCAAAGUAUCUUGAAGUGAAUUUAAAACUGCACCUUGGGUUGUUUAACACACAGAAAUGCUUGUUGGUAAUUCAGGUUUUCUGGCAGGAAUACUUACCAAACUGAACUUCUCAGCUUUGUACAUGCAGUACAGUUGUGAUAUUUAAAUGUUCCCUGUCAUAAUUCAUAUUUUACAGAAUUUAAUGUGCUGGUACAUUUUUCUUACUCUAGAUUUUAUCCAAACUUAAUGAACAGUUUUUUAUGGAUAUUGUUUAUACAGUUUGAAAAAUAAACUUGUUCAAAUAA